GAGGCGAUGGCGGCGCCCGAGGGCAGGGAGGCGGCGGGGCUGGAGCUGCGGGCGGCCAUCGGCUUCAACGGUCAUAUCCCAUUUGGCCUGAUCUGCCACCCCAACAAGGAGCACCUUCUCUACCCGCUGGGAUGUACCGUGGUUAUUCAAGACAUGGCCAGCAAGAAGCAGGUGUUCUUGCACGGCCACACCAACAACGUCUCCUGCAUCGUUGUCUCAAGGAGCGGUACGUUCGUGGCCUCUGGACAAGUCACCUUUAUGGGCUUCAAGGCAGACAUCAUUUUGUGGAAUUUUUGGAAGAAGGAGUUACUUGCUCGGCUGUCCCUUCAUAAGGGUAAAAUCGAAGGACUAGCGUUCUCUCCAAACGACCUUUAUCUUGUGUCACUGGGAGGCCAGGACGAUGGCAGCGUGGUUGUGUGGAACAUCCUAACUAGAGAGGCUGUCUGCGGGAGCCCUGCCUCGGCCCGGAGCGCGGGCAAUGCAACCAUCGUCAAGUGCUCUGGAUGCAGAGACGAGAUGUUUGUUACUGCUGGAAAUGGGACCAUUCGAGUGUGGGAACUGGAUCUACCAAACAGAAAAAUCCGACCAACUGAAUGCCAGACGGGGCAACUGAGAAGGGUGAUCACAAGUCUUAAGAUAGCAGAUGACGAUAACUAUUUUUACGCUGGCACAUCGAGUGGUGAUAUCCUGAAAGUGAACACAAACAACAAGCUGAUGACUGAGUAUGGGCCCAAAGAGAAGUUUAGCUUGGGAAUCACAGCUUUGCUUUUGCUGAAGACAGGAGAUUUAAUAGUUGGCACCGGAGAAGGGAUCGUGGCUCUCUGUAAAGGGUCAAACUACAAAGCAAUGAAGAGGAUUCAAGUUCAAGGUGGUGUCACUUCCCUGACAUGCAGAGGCCAGGGGCACCAGUUCUUUGUGGGGACAGACAUGUGCCAGAUGUAUCGAAUUAACUACACCGCCUUUAAAGAGGAGCUGAUUGCUGCCUGUCAUAAUGAAGCCGUUCACGACAUCGUUUUUCCUGUGGGAACUUCUGACUUGUUUGCCACCUGCUCCAAAAAUGACAUUCGUGUGUGGCACACCCCAGAAAACAGGGAGCUGCUGCGGAUCGUCAUCCCCAACAUGACCUGCUACGCCAUAGAGUUCAUGAAGGAUGGCAAGAGCAUCAUUUCAGCUUGGAACGAUGGGAAAAUCCGUGCCUUCAUGCCAGAGACUGGACGGCUAAUGUAUGUGAUUAACAAUGCCCAUAGUUUGGGAGUGACAGCAAUUGCUGCUACAAAUGACUGUAAAAGGAUCGUUAGUGGAGGAGGUGAAGGGCAGGUGAGGGUCUGGGCAAUUGGCGAGAAAACUCGCAAACUGGAAGCAGUUCUGAAGGAGCACAUAUCUACUGUGUCUUGCAUUAAGCUUAAGAAGAAUGACCAAGAGUGUGUCACAGCCAGCCUCGAUGGAACAUGCAUCAUCUGGGACAUUGUGCGUUCUAUAAGAAAACAAAUGAUUCUAGCCAACACAUUGUUCAAAUGUGUGUGUUACCAUCCUGAAGAGUACCAGCUAAUCACCAGUGGGACAGACAGAAGGAUUGCAUACUGGGAAGUGUUUGAUGGCUCUGCAAUCAGAGAUUUGGAAGGCUCGCUGUCGGGUUCCAUCAAUGGGAUGGACAUCACAUCAGAUGGGGCAUACUUUGUCACAGGUGGUGAUGACCAUCUGGUGAAAAUGUGGGACUACAACGAGGGUACAGUGACUCAUGUUGGAGUGGGCCACAGCAGCAGCAUCACCCAUCUCAAGAUCUGCCCUGGGAACAAGUACAUCGUGAGUGUGAGUGCAGAUGGUGCCAUCCUGCUCUGGAAAUACCCGGACUUUCCCUAACAGCUGGCACAGGAGCUGCUGGGCUGCUUCUUCCUAGGCCCGUCCUAAAGGUCCUUUCUGCUUACAGAUAAGGUUGUUUUAAAGCAUUUGUACUGUUAGAGGAGAGAACCAUUUUUCUGCUCGCUGGUAGGAAUUUACCAGAUCCUUCGGAUGUCCUUUUUAGCACUGAAUGAAUAGGUCUGGUUUUUUUUUCAGCGGGGCUAAGAAUUUCCUCUUCCUCUUAGUUUGGAGUGAAAGUAUUCAUCACUUCUGAAAAUUGUCCCGGCUGUUGUAACACUGCUGUUUUGUUACUGCCACCUUUCCUGGCAGUCUCCUAGCCUAUUCUUGCUUGUAUGACUGCUCAUUUGUGUGCUCUCUCUCGCGUUCUUCCCUGCCCCCUUCUGUCC